GGCUCCCUCCCGCCCCACUAUGAUAGCAGACCUGGGAUCCCUAUAAGUUCAACACUUUGAGCUACACUCUCCAUGCCUUCCGUCAGGAUCAGGAAGACCCCAUCUAGUUAUGAUAUACUCGGCGACACAAUUGAGAAUGAUGUUGAGGAGUCAUCGCAAUCCGUCACGGUACGCGGACAACCUAGUCUGGGCAGUAUUUCCAGACUACACGAAGCGCAAAUAAAUGCUGCUCCAGGGAACGAGCAGCGAACAAGGAGCCGUACGACAAGUGGGGCGUCCUUCUCCCGCCCUCCCAUUCGCCGUGACAGGUCCAGGUCUACAAGUAAGGUUGCUGAGCACGUCCUAGCCUUUCAUAGGCCAUCUGUAUCACCUCUGCCACUGUCAUGCUACGGUCCUCCUGCUGCAGACGGCCAUGGGACUAUUAGGGAGAGGACUUUGAGGUUGCAGGGCUCUCGGACCGACAUUUUGGUCCACAGUCAAUCAGACGUCGGGACACCCGGCAUUGUAGGAAGCGCACUCGGCCUUCUGCAAAGCCAGCAGCUCGACGGAAGCGAUGUCCAUCACCACGAUGAUAUAGUGGACCAUUUGGAUGUCAUAGGUAUCAUCGAGUUUCUUUUAGUCUCAGGUUGCACCACUCUUAUGUCUCCAGAUCCUCAGGUUGCUACUGUAUCCAGCCUGGCCAAUGCCGCUAAUUCUAUCUUGAUUCCUCGAUCGGACUUCUAUUCUCGAAAACCAGUCAUCGCGUUGUUUUAUCCGAGCGGACGACAACCAGGCCAGGACCUGGAAUCCGCUGGGCAUGCUGAAUUUGAAUUUGAUGGCAUGGACGACGCAUUAGACAGACAUGUCAAAGACGUCCUGACCCGUCGAGCCAAGGUCGAACGUACGCUGCAGGGCGUUUGGUCGUUCUUGAAAACUCCGAUGGGUAUCAUAACGGGCAUUUAUGGGUUUCUUGUUGUAUUCUGGGGAGCUGCGCUGGUUUUAUUUUUGCUGAAAUGGAUUAAUCUGCACAAUGCAAACACUCAGGGUUUUUGGGUUGAAGUAUCCUCUCAGAUUGAAUGUGGUUUAUUCACCGUCACCGGUAUUGGCCUGAUCCCUGCUCGUGCUCUGGACACCUAUAGAAUCUGUAAAAUUUGGCACUAUAAGCGGAAAACAACGAAGCUACGAGCUAGAGCUGGUCUCCCUCAGCUAUACGACGUCGAUGAUUUACCCGAUCCCGCAUAUGACCCUACUUUUGUUCAUGUUCUCACUGAACGGGAGCAACAAGAUUUGCAUCAUCAACAGGUCAAGUUUCGCGAGAGUCAGACAUGGUACCGCCCACACGGUACUGUGGCCCACCGAGCAUUUCCAAUCGACACAGCACUCUGGAUAUGUCUCUUUGUCGACGGAAAUUCUGUUUUUCAGGUUAUGCUGUCGAGUUGCAUGUGGUCUAUGAACCGCUUUGAACGACCGGCGUGGACCACAGGCACGCUCGUCCCCGCAUCAUUUUUGUGCGGGAUAAUUGCGGCAGUGUUGAUUUGGCGAGGUGGCCAACUCACCAGACGUACAGAGAAGAUCGAACGCACCCUGCGAACGGCACUUGCGAUAGAAAAGAACCAGAAGCAUAGUCCUUUGCACGUGUCAACUGAAAAUAUUUCGGCGAAUUCUCCUGAUACCCCCCUCAGGCAGACCAGCGUCACUGGUACGAACGACUUGGACGUGUCUUCGGAGCAUCAUGAUCCAGACGAUAGCAAUGCAAUCAUCGCUUCUUCAGCGGUGUCGCCUGCCAUUGUAGAAGGAAUGACUAUACCCAUGAUGAAAUAGACGGUUGAGAUCUCUAUUAUUAUACCACUUUCGUAUUCGCGCGCAUUUUAAACAUAUCAUAGACACGUUGGAUAUUGGAUGCUAUGAUAUCAUAGUGGCGCUCGCGCCAAUCCCCGACUCGGCCGACACUGAAUUGUAAUUAUGAAGAGCGCCAGCGGACAAAAUUCUCAGUGAUUUCAAUCAAGGAUUUCGAAGUUUCGUUUCGCUUCUUACAAUCACUGCGUAAUGUACAUUCGACUCAGACCCAAAUUACCAACGAAAAUAGGA